AUGGAAAUAAUAGAAACGUCCACUACCGUUAGGCCAGCAGCAAACCUUAUGCCAGAUGAAAAAUGGGGUUUGUUUUUUGAUGUAACUUGUCCUUUGGAAAUCCCAAUGGAAGAUUUUGACGAAAAUUGGUGGCCGUUAGUUUCGAAUAUCUGGAUGCAAUGGAAUUCGUACAAACAAGCAAAUGGUAACGUUCGAAAAGAUUUCGCCUGUCAUCUUACGAAGCACCGGGAAUCGAGCUCACGACAAAAAGAAAAUGUCUCUAUUGAAAAGCGCCGAAUAACGAAGACACGACCAUCCAAAUUAUGUCAUGCUAAGAUUAGGGUGUUGUGGUUAAUCUCGUUAGAAAUAGUCAGAAUCGAACGUUAUAAAGACUCACCCAAUCACACGCAUACAGUAUUAGACUCGGAUAGAAUUAAACGCUCUCAAGCCGUUCGAAUUUUAGUGGAAAAUGAAGCGGUAAAAAACUAUUCUCCUCCUGCGAUCACUGUUGCCGUUAGAGAAUAUGCAACUGAGUUAGGUCUUGGUACAAGUGUGAGCGAGCUGAAGCGCAAGGAAGUAUCUAAUAUUAAAUAUAAAGUUCGUGGACCUAUGGAAUCACACCUUUUUUGCAAUUCUGAUUUAAAAUCGGAUAUUUCGGAAUCCAUAUCAUUUUUGAUAGAAAAAGGAUACCAUGUUGAAAAUUACCACGUUUCCCAUCGGUCCACCAAAUCCACCAAAUCCACCAAGGGCAUUGUAUUCGCGCACCCAACACAGCUUGAGAAACUUCGGAGUCAUGGAUGGUUGACUCUUAUCGAUUCAACCCAUAAGACGAAUAAGUAUGAUUGGAGGCUUUUUACUUUAUACGUUCGCGAUCACUAG